UCAUGUUGUGUUAUCGUAAACACUCUCUUUUCACUAAAAAAUACUACAUUUUUAAGAAUGAAAAUGAAAUUCUCUUAGGAGAAGUAUAUAUUUAUUUUAUUUAAAGACCAUUACAAAAAUAAAAUAUACUAUCAAACUCACUCCUUAAACUGUAAUUGAUUGGUCUAUUAAUCAACAAACCAUAUAACUCAAUGGAUUUUGGUUAAUUUGGAAUAAAAAAUAAAAGUUCUUCUUGAUGGAUGCAACAACCUGUAAUAUAUUUAAAUAGACUCUCAAUGGUAUAGUCACCUAUGGAAAAUAUUAAAUUCUUUAUGAACCAAUCAAUUCUAUAUAAUACAGUUCUUUUGGUUAUGUAAUUAUGUCUAUAUUUUAUAGAUCAAAUAGCUUUUAAAAAUGAAAUAUCUUUAUUCAAGAGAUUCUUAUAUGUGUAAAACUAUUUAAAAAUCUAUACAAUAUUCAGAUGAAGUAAAAGAAAAAUUAUAAUAUUUAGGAUUUCUAUUACUAAUUUGAAAUCCUAAAAUAAUUAGAUCAUUCGAAAAUCUUAAAGUUUAAAGAAGCAUAUAAUAAUAAUAAAUAAUAUCAUUUCAUUUUCGAUUAUCCAGAAGGAGGUUCUUUAGCUGAUCUCAUUAAGACAAAAUAGUUAUAAUUUGAAGAAGUCUAAUAAAUCAUUAAAGUAAAUUAUAUAAUUUAUUUAGUAAUUAAUAUCAACUGUUUCCUUUAUUCAUUCAAAAGGAUAUGUCCAUAGAAAUUUAAAACCAGAACAUAUAUUCUUCAAGGAAUUGAAUAAUCUAGAUACUCUUGUUAUAUCAGAAUUUGAAUUAGGAUGCAAACUCAUAGAUUUCUAGAAUAAGUAAUUAUUGUAUUUUAUUAAUGAAGAAAUCCAACUUGCAGAAUUCAUGGUUAUACAGCACCUGAAAUCAAAUAGAAAAUAUUUAAUUAAAAAUGUGAUAUCUUUAGUUGUGGUGUUGUUUUAUACAAAAUGUAUUAAAUAAUCAUAUAAAUUUAGUUUAACAAGAAAAGAUUUAUUUGAUCAUGAAUCAAAUACAUAUGAUGAAAAAAUGAUGUUACAUUUAAUCAAUCAAUCAGACAUAGAUUAAUAAUACUAGAAUUUACUUAGGAUGAUGCUUCAAUUUAAUCCUGAUUUAAGGGCAACAGCAGAUCAGUGUCUAACAAUAAUUAAUUAAUUAUCAAAAAGAACUCCUUCUUUCUCUAAUAUUCUCGAUAAAUCCCAUAUAGAUAUUGUUUAAUUUUUGAUAUUUUGA